AUGCAUUUCUUCACCAGAGCCUGUGCCAGGCAGAUGGCUUUCGGCCUUCGCAUAGGAGCACCGAAGCCGAGAUUGUUUGAGGUGCCAAGGAACUCUCCAUUCAAACAAGUCGCCACAUCGCCAAAGCGAUACUCUUCCGAAGCCCCUCUCCACCAUCAGCUAUAUGAGAUUCCGCCUAGUCGACUAGAAUCAAAGAUCCAUCCUCUAGGAUGGGAGGUUAUCCAAGCCCAGACUGAACCGUGGCUUGACCAACAUUGGGAAUUUGCUAGCGAAAAGGACAAGAAGGGAUUCUUUGCACUUGGCAUGUCUCGUGCUUUUAGCCAAUUCUUCCCGCUUACGCUCGACGAUCGAGUUGAGAUGACUUGCAAGCUGCAUUACUUGAUUCUUCUGAUCGAUGAUCAACUGGAGAAGAUGGACCUUCUAGAGAUGCUGUCCUACAGAAACCGAGUCAUGCAGGUUGCGCGAGGACAAACAAAGCCCGACAAAGAAAAGGCAUAUGAAUGGAUGCUAUUUGACACGUUCCAACUCAUGAAAAGCACCGAUGAGGCACUGGCCAAGGAUCUCAUCGAAGGGUUCUGCGCUCUGCUUCAGGCUCAGACGACGGAGGAUCGCAUGUCUGUAAAACACCUUGGACCAUACCUUGAGCACCGAGAGGUUGACGUUGGCAGAACCUUCUACUCCGCACUCAUUAGAUUUGGCGCGGAUUUGCACCUCCACCCAGCCGAGCUUUCCCAAACCGCCGCAUUGGAAAGCUGCGCUUUCCGCUUCAUGGGUGUCCUGAACGACAUCUACAGCUGGGACCGCGAAUCAAAGGUCUAUCAAGUCCACCCGACCGAUGGAUCUCGCCCUUUCUCCUCCAUAUACAUCUUAUCCCAAGAGACCGGUCUAUCGUACACAGCCUGCAAGCGCCUAAUGUACGCCUACUGCCGAGAACUCGAGAUCGUGCUCAAACAAUCUAGCGAAGAUCUCAGACAAGAAAAUGGUGGUACCCUACGCCCUGAAAUGGACAAAUACACCAAAGGCCUAGAGUACCUCAUGAGCGGCAUCGAGCAAUGGAGCCAAUGGACGCCGCGCUAUCGGCAAUAA